AUGGGAACCAAUGCACAUAUACUUCCAGCUGUGGACAUGAUGGUAAUGAGGAAAGGUCCAACUCUAACACAGCAACAACAACAAGAUUUGAAUGCUGAAAUUACUAAACAAGAGAUAGAUGAGGCUCUGAAGGGGAUAGGAAGUGAUAAAGCUCCUGGUAUAGAUGGGUAUAAUACAGAAUUCUUCAAGAAAGCAUGGCCAGUGAUCAAAGAAGAAGUGUAUGCAGCUGUGAAAGAAUUUUUUUCAUACAGGGGUGAUGUUUCCAUCAUUGCUAGUAGACUACAGAAGAUCAUGCCAUGCAUCAUAUCUGAAGCCCAAGCAGGAUUUAUCCCAGGGAGGAAAAUAGCAGAUAAUAUCAUCCUUGCUCAUGAGUUAGUUAAAGCUUACAGCAGGAAACAUAUCUCUCCUAGAUGCAUGGUGAAGGUUGACAUGAUGAAAGCAUAUGAUUCUGUUGAAUGGGUGUAUUUGGAUCAAUUGUCAGAGCUACUCAAAGGGUUGAAGCAAGCCAAGGAAUACAGGUUUUAUCCAAGGUGUGGUAAUAUAGAUAUAACUCAUCUCAGCUUUGCAGAUGACCUACUGAUGUUUGCUAGGGGAGAUAGUAAAUCAGUUUCCACUCUUCAUGCUUGCUUUAUGCAAUUUUCUACUGCAUCCGGACUAUUAGCCAAUCCCAAUAAGAGUGUAAUUUAUUUCGGUGGAGUUGCUCAGGAUGUUAGGCUGGAAAUUCUACAGAAUACUGGAUAUUCACUUGGGGAAUUGCCUUUCAAAUAUCUGGGCAUCCCACUGGAUACAAAGAAGUUAACAGCUUUGCAAUGGCAACCAUUGAUUGACAAAAUAGUUGCAAGAAUCUCCUCUUGGACAGCUCGGAAAUUAUCUUAUGCUGGAAGGGUACAGUUAGUUCAAACAGUAAUAUUUGGUAUCCAAUCUUAUUGGUCUCAAAUAUUUAUCUUGCCAGCUAAAAUGAUGGAAUUAAUAGAGUCAUACUGCAGAAGCUAUAUAUGGCCUGGCUCUAACACAAUUACAAAGAGAGCACUGAGAGCAUGGGAGAAAAUGUGCUUUCCUAAAUCUGCUGGAGGUUACAAUCUGUUGAAUAUCAGAGUUUGGAAUAGAGCUGCUAUCACUAAUGUAUACUGGGAUCUGGCACAAAAGAAGGACAAAGUUUGGAUAAAAUGGAUCCACACAUAUUACAUAAAAGGUUUUGCUAAAACAGUAUGGGGGAGGCAUUUGCAAUGGCUACAAAUACAUGAUGCUUCAAUUCAAUCUUGUACAAAGAUGAUGGCAUGGGUGAUAACACAAGCUAAACGGAAAUCGUGUAAAGCCAAAGUAAUGAAAAUGAUAGAUGCAGAGUACAUCCAUGGGAUAUGGAAAGAGAGGAACAGUAGAAUAUUUGAAGAGAAAACAAGGACUGCAAUAUUAGAGCUCAAGGAGUAG